GAGGUUUGCAGACUCUUUGCGAAACUCCGUGACACGACCAAACCCGCUUCGUCUCGCCCCUCCCAAUAUCGCCCCAAACACAUUGGAUCUCCAAGAGCUCCUAAACUUGAGCUUUUGCGCCUCUUGGGAACUUUUUAGCCGUAACCCUCGGCAAUUGAGCUCAGGUUAUUGCACUCUUUGCUUCUCUCACCCAAGGAACAAGAAAAGAACGAGCGAGGAGAGAGGUCUGGCGUGAUGGAUGUGGAGAACCGGGAAAGGUUCUCAGAGCAGGAGGGAGAAGGAGAAGAAGAAGAAAUGGAAGGAGAGGAAGAGAUUGUCUUAGAAGACCUAGAACAAAUUGUUGUUCCCAAUUAUGGAACAGUACCUGGCCAGCAAGCUCUUCAUAUGCCUGAAUUGGUAGAGUUUGACCUGAAUCCUGACUCUCUGUACUUUAAUGAUGGCCAAAGAAAAGUUGACUUUGUCUUAGUAUAUGAAGAUGAAAGCAAAAGGGAAAAUCGAAAUACUUUUCAUAAAAAGCAAAAGAGGAAGAGACAAGUCUAUGAGUCAAACCUGAUAAGUCAUGGUUUGCAGCUUGAAGCCACAAAGUCGGUCAUGGAUGAAAAGCUGAUCUUUGUAAAGGUGCAUGGUCCUUGGGAAGUGCUAUGUAGCUAUGCUGAAAUUAUGCACAUCAAAUUGCCUUUGCAACCCGAUGAUACGAAAAGUCAUGACUCAGCACUUACGUGGAUUAGCAGAUUCUUUAAUGUGGAUGAAAAUAUCAUCAACCCAGAACAGGAGUUUUUUACUGCUGCAUUUGAAAAUGAACAUAUUUCAGACUUUUAUAUUCAGGACAAGGACUCUUUCUUCAAUUCAGCAACUAGGAGCCGAAUAGUUUACUUUAUUCUUUGUCGAGAAGAGUAUGCUACGAAAGAUAAUGUAAGAAAGUUUGGUAUCAAGAAACUUCUGGACUCUGGAAUCUACAAGGCUGCUUUUCCACUCCAUGAUUCAAGAUUCAAUUACCAAUCACAGGAUCCUAAGUGCCCAAAUGAACGGCACUUGCUAUACAGAGAAUGGGCCUAUCCUCGAAAUAUUUUCAAACUGCAACCCUUAGAUCUUGUCAGGAAAUACUAUGGUGAGAAAAUUGGGAUCUAUUUUGCCUGGCUGGGAUUCUACACCCGGAUGUUACUUCUGGCAGCAAUAGUUGGUGUUGGAUGUUUUUUAUAUGGUUAUUUCACAAAGGAUAACUGCACUUGGAGUCAAGAAGUAUGUGAUCCAAACAUAGGAGGUAAAAUUAUUAUGUGUCCACAAUGUGAUCAAGAAUGCACAUACUGGAAUCUCAACAUCACAUGUGACUCUUCCAAGAAACUCUGUAUAUUUGACAGCUUUGGAACAUUAGUGUUUGCAGUGUUUAUGGGGAUUUGGGUUAGCUUGUUUUUGGAGUUUUGGAAACGACGCCAGGCUGAAUUAGAAUACAAAUGGGACACAGUGGAGUUUUUAGAGCAAGAGGAACAAAUAUGUCCAGAGUAUGAGGCAAAAUGCCACCAUAUAAUAGUGAAUGAAAUUACACAGCAAGAAGAGUAUGUUCCUUAUACAACCUGUGGAAAGUAUGUACGGAUCUUCUUCUGUACAAGUGCUGUCUUAAUCUGGAUUCUGCUCAUUCUUGCAUCUGUUGUUGGUAUAAUUGUUUACAGACUUUCUGUUUUCCUGGUAUUUUCUGCAACAUUGCCAAGGCACAUCAAUGGAACUGACACAAUACAGAAGUACCUGACCCCACAAUUAGCAACUUCAGUAUCUGCUUCAGUGCUCAACUUCAUCAUUAUUAUGAUUCUGAAUAUUAUCUAUGAGAAAGUAGCGAUAAUGAUUACUGACUUUGAAUUACCAAGGACGCAGACUGAUUAUGAAUAUAGCCUAACUACGAAGAUGUUUUUAUUUCAAUUUGUCAACUAUUAUUCUUCAUGUUUCUACAUUGCAUUUUUUAAGGGUAAAUUUAUAGGUUUCCCUGGUGACCCAGUUUAUUGGUUGGGAAAAUACAGAAAUGAGGAGUGUGAUCCAGGUGGAUGUCUUCUUGAGCUGACAACACAGCUAGCAAUAAUAAUGGGAGGCAAAGCCAUCUGGAAUAACAUUCAAGAAGUGCUUUUUCCGUGGCUUAAAAAUCUGGUUGGGAGAUGCCGCUCAGCUACACGAUCCAAAACUAUUGUUCCUCGCUGGGAGCAGGACUACCAUUUGCAGGCCAUUGGCAAACUUGGAUUGUUUUAUGAAUACCUCGAAAUGGUUAUACAAUUUGGAUUUGUAACAUUAUUUGUGUCAUCAUUCCCGUUGGCACCCCUUCUGGCCCUUAUUAACAAUUUAUUGGAAAUUCAUGUGGAUGCUUGGAAGAUUACCACACAGUAUAGACGCAUGGUUUCCCAAAAAGCCCAACAUAUAGGGGCAUGGCAACCUAUCAUGCAAGGAAUAGCCAUUCUGGCUGUGAUAACCAAUGCAAUGAUAAUUGCUUUUACAUCGGAUAUGAUUCCACGCCUGGUUUACUUCUGGUCAUUUUCAGUCCCACCCUACGGGGAUCACAGUAGCUGUACCAUGAAGGGAUAUAUAAACAAUACUCUUUCUAUUUUUGCUGUAUCAGAUUUCCGAAAUGAAAGCAAGCCACAUGUUCUUCCUGUAUUUGCCAAUUUAACAAUAUGCAGAUAUCGAGAUUUCCGAAACCCUCCUGGACAUAAACAUCAAUAUGAACAUAAUAUUUAUUACUGGCAUGUUAUUGCAGCCAAGUUAGCAUUCAUCCUUGCGAUGGAGCAUGUUGUCUACUUUGUGAAGCUUAUCAUUUCAUAUACCAUUCCAGAUGUGUCAUGGAAAACUAAGAGCAAAAUUAAACGGGAGAAAUACCUAACACAAAUACUUCUUCAUGAAAAUCCUCUAAAAAUUAUUUAAAAAAAUAUGGGGAACAUUGCUGACAAAUUAUUAAAAGGAGCAGAUACCACUUUAUGACCUAAAUGUGAAUAAAUGCUAGUUAGUUACAACAUCUAAUAAUGAGUGAAAUAUUCUAUGAAAUCAACAGAAAUUGGAUUAAAAAUUUAAUAGGUCAAUACCAGAAGAGAAGAAGUAAAUAUUCAUAAAUAAGUUUAACAGAACGUAUAAUUUUCAUAUGUAUCGUAUAUUAUCACUCAUACAUUCUCCUGAGUUGUUUUCUGGCUUGGAAAUUUCCUCUUAAAAGUCUUGAUAUAUAUUAUUAAUCCACCCAACCCAACAUCCUCUUAGUUCAUGAACUUCUCUAGUUGGAAAAAUCAAUUAUGUGUUAUUAUUUCCAUCUUCAUAUAAAAUUUUAUUUUGUAUUUCAGGGUCUGUUGGACAGGAGGAAAAGAGUAGUUGAAUUUCAAGUCAGUUUUCUACUAUAGUGGGAUAUAUGCUGUCAUAUGAAAUCAUGCAAAAAUCUCUUGGAGCAGUAUGAAAUAGAGCACAAUAGAUAAAGAUGCAUUAAUAUAAACUGACAGAUGACUUACUUAAACUAGAAAGAGACAUAUAUCUUCCAAAUGUUUACAAUAGAACCUUGUAAAAAUGAGUUACAGCAAGUUUGACUCAACUAUUAUUCUAGUGUAGAAAACGUCAUAUAAGAGCUAUGAAUUUAUAUUCAACCUAACAGUAUUUUAUUAUGUUUACCGUAUUUCUGAAUUAGAUGUAAGGCAGUGUGAAAGAAAACACCUGCAGAUCUAAAUUAGGGGGUAGCUGUGCACUUUCUAAUAUAUAACAAGCAUUUUAUAGAACAUAGAAGAUAGGAAGACCAACCAUCUGGAAUUGUGCCAAAUUAUCCAGAUUUUAAAAUUUAAUUUAAUUUAAUUUAAUUAAUUCAAUUUAUAUGCCCUCCAUCCACAUCUACUCUGUGGCAGAUUUUCCUUUUGUCAACCAUUGCAGUUCGGCAGUUCGAAUCCCUAGUACAGGUCUCCUGCAUGAGCAGGGGGUUGGACUAGAUGACCUCCAAGGUCCCUUCCAACUCUGUUACUGUUACUGUUUUGUCUGCUGUCAGCUAGCUUGCUUCUUGCUGCCAUAGAAGAGGGGAGAGGGAUCAAUGAAGAAUUUUUCAUUGCAGUUUUGCAACUACUCUUUGCUUAUCUCUCCAAGGUCAGUUCUUCUAGUGUUGAUAUGCAGAAGCCCUCUGGUUGCCUAGGUACAAGAGAGUUGGGCUGUACAGUUUGUUUCAAGUUGCUGUUUUCGCAUGCUUUGCCUGUUUUCAUGAGCUUCCCCAGGGAUGGAAUUUCUUGCUUUUGGUUCAUUCCUAAUAAAAGUACUUUUCUCUAA